AUGUCGUCGCCAUUUCGAGAGCUCGCGAUGGCCAUCUACAUCGGGGUGGCUUCUUCGUCCAUCAUGAUUUGGGACAUUUGCGAGACCGUUAGGUCUGACUAUACGCUCAUUUCAAAGGAUCCAUGGAACGCGCCUGCUAUUUCUUAUCUUACCGCCAAAUACUCCACUCUUUGCUUUACAGUCUUGUGCACAUAUGUUAUCACCACCAACAGCCUCAUCACCAACCCCGCCGGUUGCGACCCCUACCCAGUCGUGAUGAUUGCGAUGUAUACCAUCGCCGCCGCCUCGACCUCUCUCCUCUUCUUCUUCCGCGUCUCAGCGGUCUACCACCCAAACAACAAAGCCAUCAUGGCCUUCUUCGGGCUCUCGUGGGUCGUCGUGCCCCUCGGCUCGCUCCUCCUCCUCAAGGCCAGAACGGAGUACAAGAACACAGGAUCGCUCCAGACGACGUGCAGUUUACCGUUGGUGGGCAAGUAUAUUUUCGCUGCGUUGGCGCCUAGGAUGAUCAAUGAUACGCUGGUGUUUUGUGCGAUUACAUGGCGGUUCUUGAGGGGUGCAGGGGCACGGCCGGUUGAGCUGGACUUUAGUGGGGUGAAGAGGAGGAUGGCGAUCAGGGAGCGGCUGAGAUCUUUCACUUUGCCCCGAGCGAGUGCUCUCCCGGCGUUCUCGAGGGCGAUGCUGCAAGAUAGCCAGGUGUUCUAUUUGGUUGCGGUUACGAGCCAUAUCGUUACCUGGGUCGUUCUCACCACAGGCUCGCGUGGCGAGGCCUCACCUCGCGCCAUGUUCAUCAUCCCCUCGCUCGUGGUGAUCAACAUCAUGGCGUGCCGCGUCUUUCGGAACACGAAACUGCACCACCAUCAGUCCUCCAGAUCGAUACACGGCACGGGCGGGCAGCCGCUCGAUGUCCUGCGUAUCACGAAGGACACUAUGGGGUUGAGUAUGAGCCUGCCCUCACACCAUCGACCCGGAGCAAGAGGCGAUGCUGGAGGCCCACCUCUCUCCCCAGAUGAGAUGGAGCUCAGCGAAGUCCAGACGAUGAAUGAUGCUUCGGACACUAAGUCGUUGGAAUCGAAGGCAUUUUCUCGUGCACUUCAGCGAACCCCGUCCGUCGGCUCGGCUGAACAUAAUGCGAACAACGUCCUUCGGAUUCAGGUGAUGCAGACGGUGGAAGUGUCGCGGUGA